AUGGAUAUCGGCGAACUAAAAAGUUCACUACAAGCCUGCCAAGAAAUUCUUGACGAACUUCCCCUCACCAUCCACAACUCAAUCGUCGAAACUGAAGAAAACUUAAAAUUCCUCGGCAACAAGCUCGAGGACGAAAAAGUCAAGGUUGAAGAACAAAUUUUAAAUUUCCAAGAAGCCAAACAAGAUGCGGCAAACGAAAAAAGUGAGCUGAAAAAGCAUUUAAUGGAAAUGGAAAGGCUAAAAAGCCAAAAAGAAGUAGAAAAAUACACAAGAGAAGCAUUAAAAGAGAGAGACGGCAAUAUUGCUGAUGAAGAGUACGAAUUAGAAGAAGAAUUGAAAUAUCAUGAAAAAAAUAGGCCAUUUCAUUAUAUUUUCUGAGAAUUUUUCAAAAAUUUUUGAUAAUUAGCAUUAUUUGUUCAAAAAAACUUAAAUUUGUGUUCAAAUCCCUCAAAUGCAGAAAAAUCAUGCACCAGAAAAAAUGAUGUCCUAUUUAAAAAGCAAAAUAAAUCUAUACCGGAUGUUCGCAAAAAUCGAAUGAAACGCUGCUGAUACACAUUAUUACAUUACAUUAGAAUUUAUAUCGCUUAACGUCCACUACGGGGUUACAACUCCAGGUUUAUCACUCGCCUUUCGUCGCAUCGGGCCUACCAGUCUGCUGGAGACAAACUCGCUUUGAUCACCAGGGUGCUUCCAGGGCAAAUGUCCACGUCUUCGACGGCUCAUGGAUGAGCUACUUGCUUGUACAUGGGUUGCUUUUCCGAAAAACCCAAAAAAUGGAUUUUUCUGGUCGGCUAUCGGCAAAAAGGAAAAAUGCAAAGCCUGGGACGUAACGCCCAGUUUCACGCUAGGGAGUUGCCCGAAUGGUCCAGAGGACUUUGCUGGGCUUCCCCUUUCCAACCUUGCACCCUCCUUCCCACGAGGAAAAAUCCACCCCUGAGAAUAGACUUGGGCUAGGCUCUGAAAGCUACCAGAAUUGCUUACCUAGCAUUGCUGUCCAUCUCUGAAAUGGUAAAACCUUGCCGGAUAUAAUUAAAAUAUGAGUCGAGGCUGCAUGGCCGGGAGGCCAUGCCCAGACGAAGACGCCAUAUUUUAAUUAUGAAACGCUGCUGAUACACAAAACAUCAGUGGAAAUUAUAUAAAAGGAGAUGAAGAAGUUCCUUUUAAAAUUCAAAAUUCAUCAGCAUAUGAUUCUGUUAAUAGAAUGUGGAAAAUUAUAGAUUAA